AGCGCCACUACCAGGCGAACAAAGCUCCCAUAUACGACAAGUGUCUACUUCCUGACGCGUGUCUCAGAACACCUGGCAACCUCAAUCCUAACCUCCACAUCCUAUCUCGCCUACUGACUACCAUGGCCGACAAUAACACAAGCAAUGCACCCUCUGCGGUCCGCCGUCGGUCCACGCUGGACAAAGAGACUGUCGACGCUCUCGAGAAGCGUCUGGGCAGCAGGCCCGAGAAGGAAGAGCUGCAAGAGCGCAACAUCCUCAAGGACGACAGCGUCGCUCCCGCUCUUCAGGCCGCCCGGGAAAAGCUUCAGAGGUCCCAGCUUGAGGAUAAAUUGGCCCAUGCCAUCCAACAGAGACCAAACCCUCAGGAGCUCGUCGAGAAGGGCAUUCUGAGCGACGAAGUCAAGCCAGCUGAAUCUUGAGCUGGUUGGAGUAAUUGGAGUGGGGAGACGAACGUGUAGGACUAAUGUUUCUAGGAAAUGUACAGAUAAUUAGUUGACCGUGUCCAGUCAUAAACUUGUGCAUGCAGCGAUCAUUAUGUAUGAGAGCAAGAUAUAAGAAGGAUAAGAGAUCGACGGAUGUAUCCUCACUCGCCUCGCUGGUACACGUCCCUAAUCGAGAUCGCGAGGUCUGCGCAUCCUGUCUCUAACCUCGCGAGCAGCUCUCUUCGUUCCUUCACCGCCAGCCCAGCCUCUGGUGCGUAACCAGUGGACGAGUCUGGGAGUCAAGGCGGCGGUGAGACCGACACGAAUGGGGAGGAACAGAGUCUUGUGGACAGUAUAAGCCAGGACAAGCAUGGCGUAGAGGCUUUCCUGGCCGCCCGAUGAAACGUCGGCAGGAGCGGCGACUUGGUCUUGGCCUGGUUCGGGGGGCUUAGAGUGGACGAACUCGAGAACGGCUUGUUUGACAGAGGCGGUGACGCGAGCGACGUGUUCUGCGCCUAUGAGGUUGAUGCCCAUGAAUGCGACGGUGAAGUCGGCUGUGGAGAUGACGAUGUAUACGCCGAGGGCAUACCAGCCAUACGCCUUGAUGAGAUGCUUUAGCCGUUGUGAAAAACUGGCACCUGGGGGCAAGGGAGAAUGGGGGUCUUGGGUGGGGGAAGAGGGGGAAGAGGGGGGAGAUAGG